UUAAGAAGUCGUGCUGGGGCUGCGCUCAGCUUCAACUCUUGGCCGACCGUGGGCCGAGGACCCGCUGGGGCUGCUGAGGCCUGGGCGAGCAGGGAGCGCGAGCGGCUUCUGGGGCAGUGCGGGCGAGCCCUGGCAGUGUGCUCGUCGCGUCCUGACGUCGCCCCGCCUCUAGGAUAGGACCCGCCUCCGCCCUCCGGGCCUGGGGGCCGGCGGGUGCUUCUGCUGGGCUGUCCCGCCGACCGGCAUCCGGGCUCGGACGGUUGGGUGGAGUGGGUGCACGGCCGCGGGGGCAACUCUCCCCGUCGUUUACAGUCCCCGCGAGCGUCUUCGUGACCUUCUUCCGGGCUGCCCUAACGCUGACGUGGAGCAACCUGUUCUGAAUCCUCAUGGAGAAGUUUGGGAUGAAUUUCGGGAGCGGCCCGAGCAAGAAGGACCUGCUGGAGACCAUUGAGACGCAGAAGAAGCAGCUCCUCCAGUACCAGGCACGUCUCAAGGAUGUGGUCCGUGCCUAUAAAAGCCUAAUGAAAGAGAAAGAGGCGCUAGAGGCCAGCAUUAAAGUGCUGUCGGUAUCCCACGAGGCGGAUGUGGGCCUUGGAGGUGUCCAGUCUCCAGGCCUCACCUUUCCUGACUCUGUGGAUGACCGAUGCUCCACUCACAGCGAGGAUAGCACUGGGACCGCCACCAGCUUGGACACUGCGGCCAGUCUCACCAGCACCAAGGGUGAGUUUGGGGUGGAAGAUGACAGACUGGCCCGUGGACCACCACCUCCGAAGUCCGAAGAGGCCAGCGGGUCGGAGAGUGGGGUCAGCAGUAGCAGUGGGGAUGGACCAUAUGGGGGUGGGGAGGUGGACAAACGGUUGCAGCAGCUGAAGACUCAGUUGGCUACUUUGACCAGCUCUUUGGCUACAGUCACCCAGGAGAAGUCUCGCAUGGAAGCUUCUUACCUGGCUGACAAAAAGAAGAUGAAACAGGAUUUAGAGGAUGCCAGUAAAAAGGCAGAGGAGGAGAGGGGCCGUCUGGAGGGAGAACUGAAAGGGCUACAGGAGCAGAUAGCUGAAACCAAAGCGAGACUUAUCACGCAACAGCACGAUCGGGCCCAAGAGCAGAGUAACCAUGCCUUGAUGCUGCGGGAGCUCCAGAAACUGCUGCAAGAGGAGAGGACCCAGCGCCAGGACUUGGAGCUACGGUUGGAAGAGACCCGAGAAGCCCUGGCAGGGCGGGCAUAUGCAGCUGGUCAGAUGGAAGGGUUUGAACUGCAGACCAAGCAGCUGAGCCGUGAGGUGGAGGAGCUGAAAGGUGAGCUGCAGGCUCUUCGGGAAGAGAAGAAUCGGCCAGACCCUCGGCUGCAGGAGCUUCAGGAAGAGGCUGCCAGCCUUAAGAGCCAUUUCCAGGCUCAGUUGCAGCAGGAAAUGAGGAAGACAGCCCUUGUGGAGGAUCUACUCCGCCAGCAGUCUCAGGUGGAAGAGCAGAGGGUGGCAGCCCUGGAGAAUCAAAUAUCUGAGGUGUCGGAACUGCUUGGCACAUAUGAGAAAGCCAAGCAGAAGGACCAGCUAGCCAUCCAGAAGCUGAAGGAGCGCAUUUUGCAGCUGGAUCUUGAGAACAAGACACUGGCUCUCGCCGCCUCCAGCCGGUCCCCUCUGGACAGCCAUGGAGAGGAGUCCAGUCUGGAUGUCAAUGUCCUAAAAGAUAAGAUGGAGAAGCUGAAGAGGCUGCUGCAGGUUGCAGCCAGGAAAAGCCAGGUGACCUUGGAUGUGGAGAAGCUCUGCGACCUGGAGAUAAUGCCCAGCUCAGAGGCUGCUGAUGGGGAGAAGGCUUCUGCGCUCUACUACCAACAGGAGCUGAAACAGCUGAAGGAAGAGUUUGAGAGGUACAAGAUGAGGGCCCAGGUUGUCCUCAAGAGCAAGAACACCAAAGACGGUAACCUGGCUAAGGAGCUGGAGGAAGCCCAGGAACAGCUUGCAGAGCUGAAGGAGAAGUAUAUCUCCCUGCGGCUGUCCUGUGAGGAGCUUGAGCGCCAGCACCAGCAGGAGGCUGAGGACUGGAAGCAGGAGCUGGCCCGGCUGCAGCAUCUCCACCGUCAGGAGCUGGAGCGGAGCCAGCUGGACUUCAGGGACCGCACGCUGAAAUUGGAGGAGGAGCUGCACAAGCAGCGGGACCGUGCCCUGGCUGUGCUGGCCGAGAAGGACUUGGAGCUGGAGCAACUGCGUUCUGUAGCCUUGUCCUCCGGGCUGCCAGGACACAGAAGCCCUGUGGGUGGCGGGGGUCCUGGGGACCCGGCUGACACAUCUUCUUCAGAUAGCCUGACCCAAGCACUGCAACUAGCUGCGGCCAGCGAGCCUACUUUCUUCCUGUACGCCGAGCAGUUGGCCCGCAAGGAGGUGGAGAUUACAUCACUGAGGAAGCAGAAGCACAGGCUUGAGGUAGAGGUGCACCAGCUGCAGGAUCGGCUGCUGGAGGAGGGAGAGCAGCAUCGCGAGGAGGUUGGUGCCCUGCAGAGCCACAUUGAAAAGAACAUCAGGGACCAGAGUAGGGAGGGAGCCAACCUGGAGUACCUCAAAAACAUCAUCUACCGCUUCCUGACUUUGCCUGACACCCUGGGCCGCCAGCAGACACUCACAGCCAUCCUGACUAUCUUGCAUUUCAGUCCAGAGGAAAAACAAGUGAUAAUGCGGCUUCCAACCAGUGGUAGCUGGUGGCCUUCUGGCAAGAGAUGAUGUCAUUUUCACUAAUUCCUGGAAUUUCUGUGCCUCUUAUGUGGGAAGGGACAGGCUCUGGUUUCUACUGCCUCUUCUCUUACGUUAUCAUUUAUUUCUUCACUGUGUUGAUCUGGGAGGAGUUUUCAAUGUGGGAUGGGGUUUUCUGCCAAAUGCCAUUAAUGCCACUUUAUCCUAGGGGGCCCUAGAGAUACUGGAAGUGUUGGGACAGCUUCUUCUGGUGGUAUGUGUGUGUGAGGGGAGGCAGGGGGAGAGGUUAGGAUUGAGAGGUGCAGAAGUCGGGGACGUGGUGAGAAUCUUUUAAAAUAAGAUACUGAUUCUAAUAUUAUACUCCUAGUGCAAAGCUGGGAGUAAAUGUGACUCCAAAGGGAGUUCAGUUAAUUGCUGAAUACACACAGGACCAGCUCUUUACUCCAUCUCAUCACAAUCUGAGUCUGGUCCACUGCUACCCCAAUUCUCUGGGGACGUAAAUCCAGGCUUGGAGAGGGACCAGGAAGUUUGAAAUAGAGACAUAUUGUCCACUAGUCCAAAGGGCCAAAGAAUAGUAAGUUCAUCCUGCAACUGGGGAGCUUGGUCUGGUUAGGGCCUGGGUGUGAUGAGUGGGCCCUGAGCACCAGCUCGAUCUUAGAGAUUUCCUGAGUGACCUCCCUUUGGUCUAGAUGGGGUUAUAAUAGACUUCUGGCACUUGUCCGUGCCCUGACCUGUCUGCCUAAGGCUGGCCUGAGAUUGUGAGUGAAUGACUUUGCUAUCUUUUCCUCAGUGUUAAACUUCCAUUAAGAAAAAAGUCUGAGCUUCUUACAGAAAGGGUUCUGAUUGGGAAGCUCUGAUCCUGCCUGGAUACAAGGAAUUAGCUCAGAGAUUUACUUCUCCCUCAGCAACUCCCCAAGCGGUUUCUGCCUUGGUAGGGACAGGGAAGAGGAGGAAGAUUUGCUGUGGAGGAUUCCAGAAGAUCUCUGUGACCCUCACAGGAAAGUGGUGGAAGUUCAGCCGGGGCUGGGCCGGGGUAGUUGCUGCUCCAUGGAUAGCAUUCUGGCUAAAUCUCCAUGUCCUUGCAGCCCAGGUGCUCAUGGGUUCCUGUCUCUGGUGUUUUGCCUACUCCCUUAGGGAGGUAAUAGUUUCAGUCCACAAUCCUCAUCUUCUCCACAUGUUACUCUAAAUUUUCUUCCUUCCCUGGCAUUUCUUAUGUUUGGUCUUACGUAAGUAGAUUCAUUUUGCACUCAGGCAGUCUGGAAAGUAAGGGACUCAGCUGGAUUCAAACAGUAUCAACUCCCCAGAUCUUUCCUUUCCCCCUCUGCUCUUAAUGGUUUGGGAGAUCUUUGGACCCUAAAGACCAAUGCUUUGCCACUGAUUGGACUAAUAUGUAUCUUUCUGUUAUUGCAUCAUAGAGAUCUGUUUUUUGAGGGUUUGGGGUGCAGAAGCCUUUGCUUAAAUGUUCUGAUUGGGAGGCUGGGUGACCUAGACUAUCUACAAACAGUGAGCAGACUUAAUGGAACAGAGAUGAUGUGUUCAAGUGAUAAUAACGUGAACCACGGAGUCAUUAAACCUGAACAACUUGA